UCUCAAAAAUAAGACUAAUCACCUUGUUGAUAAUCAAUGAGCUAAUGACUCUAGCUUUAGCCCUGCCUCGAGCAAAAGAUAGUAGAGGUACUGGAGAAGUGAUAGCUAGAAAUGGUAUACAAACUGAGCCCACAUGUGAGGAACUGAAAGCGAUGUGGAGGUUUUCAAAGAGACAAUCUAGAGCCGCAGAAAUAACAAAUGAGCUACCCAUGUACAGAGAUCCAUUUAGGGAGAACGUAUGGACGCCGUAUUACGCUACGUCACGAAGCGUCGGAGGACAAAAAAUUGGACGUUUUAGAACUCGGCCCAUAUACGGAACACUCAUUACCACUCCUCGAAGUAGUGACGAACGAUACAAAGCAUUCCAAGAAGUCGCUAGACUAUAUGGAAUGCCGAUAUCAUCUGAACCAAGACGAAAAAUGACGACGACUUUCCGUUUACCUGGAGGAGGCAGAAUUCGAACAGUCGGCAUGUCACCUGUUCAAGGAAGUUUUCAACAUUUAAAGGAAUUAAUUAAAACAGAGCGGGCUCGUGAGUUAGAGCAACAAAGAGCGAGCGAAGAAGCAGCCGCUCGAGCUGCGACACUUAAAGAAUUAGCAACCGGGAAACAGAAGACCCACGGAUAUAUGGAUACAUAUGAAUAUCUCGCAGACGAACCUGAUUUUGACCCUGACGAAGAGAACUUACAGAAACCAGGACUUCUUUCGUUCCCUAAUCCGAUGGCACCUCCAUCUAGAACAAUGAAUCUCAGAAUGGUACCCGAUUUAGCGUACACACGGAGCGCAGGUCGACCUCGGACAUAUAGACCUACAAUUUUUGAUACUUCUUUUACUGACGGUUAUAGUGGGUAUCUGCCAUAA